AUGCAAACUGCUUGUAAGAGAGCCAGAUAUGGAUUUACUUUGGCCGUAAUAAAAAAUUGGCUUAACAAACAGGCCUUAUAUCAGAUUCACAAGCCUCGGCCAAAAUUUAUUCAGUAUGCCUCCUUUAAUAAUAUACAAUUUUUAAAUGAAGUGCACCAAUCUGAUACUACCCCCAUGCCUCAUGAUAAAGUAGGUAAUCGGAUUUACAAGUAUAGGGGCGUUAUCAAAGAUGUUACAACUAGGUAUCGACGUAGUUUUGCAUUAACUGAUAAAUUUUCUGCACAAAUGGCUAAAGAAAUUCAGAAAAUUUACAAUGAUCCUAAUGAUCCUCUUAACCAGCCUGAAGAUUUUAUUGUAGAUAGAGGUAUUGAAUAUAUGGCCGAAUGUAAAGAUUUAUUACUCAGUUAUAAUCUAUUGCUGAACGUGACCAUCAAAGAAUUUGAAAAACAUGCUUAUUUUCGGCAAGAUGCUGAAGAUUUUCAUUUGCCUUUGACUGAUAGAUCCAGAGCAUGGGUUAAGGGACUUCGUAUAAAUGAUGAUAUUUACAAUAAUACUCCUACUCGGUUAAUAGGUAUGCCUCCUAACGAGGCUGUAAAAAAGGCAUUAAAAGGUAAAAAAAUAAUAGCUAGACCUUCUGUCAAACAUAGGAGAUCAGUUGGUUAUAAUGAACCUCUUUUACCUAGUUAUACAGAAGUUCGUCACCUUUUAGAACCUGGCGAAUUAGAAGGUGGGAGAAGAAGAGCAACUGAUUGCAAUUGGUCUCCCGAAGUCUUUACAAUUGAUUCUUAUUUGAUAAAAGAAAAUCAGCCUAUUCACUACAAGCUUUACAAGGAUCCUAGACGCUCAUUUGUAAGAGAAGAACUCCAAAUUGUAAAAGAUGCGCAAUUGCCCCCUCAAUGGAUACUCAAUAAUUAG